AUGGCCAUUCACUAUCUCAUCUUGCUGUCGCGGCAGGGUAAAGUCAGACUCGCAAAGUGGUUCACAACAUUAUCACCAAAAGAGAAGGCCAAGAUUAUUAAAGAUGUCUCUCAACUUGUGCUGGCACGAAGAACGAGGAUGUGCAACUUCUUGGAGUAUAAAGGUCAGAUUACUUCAGAUAUCAUCUUCAACUUUCAAAAGGCAUACUUCAUAUUGGAUGAGUUAUUGCUAGCUGGGGAAAUGCAAGAGAGUAGUAAGAAGAAUGUGCUCAGGGUGAUAUCAGCACAAGACUCAAUAGAGGAUACAGAGGCUCAAGAAGAGGUCAUUAGUGGACUUAGAGAGAUUGGUCUUGCUUGA